AUGGGUCAAACCCUAUCGGAGCCGGUGGUCGAAAAGACAUCGUCCGAGGGCGGGGAUGAUUGCUGUGUGUAUGGCGUGUCGGCCAUGCAAGGCUGGCGAAUCAGCAUGGAGGACGCCCACGCUACAAUUCUUGAUCUUCAGGCAAAGUAUACCGGCAUCACCGACAAACCGACGGAUCCGGAACACCGCCUCGCCUUCUUUGGUGUGUACGAUGGCCAUGGUGGAGACAAGGUGGCAUUGUUCACCGGUGAGAACCUGCACAAGAUCGUCUCCCGACAGGAUGCUUUCGCCAAGGGCGAUAUUGAACAGGCCCUGAAGGAUGGUUUCCUCGCGACCGAUAGGGCUAUUUUGGAAGACCCCCGUUAUGAGGAGGAGGUGUCCGGCUGUACUGCUUCCACGGCCAUUAUCUCACAGAAGAAGAUCUGGGUGGCCAACGCUGGUGAUUCACGAUCCGUCUUGGGUGUCAAGGGACGUGCCAAGCCCCUUUCAUUCGACCACAAGCCCCAGAACGAGGGCGAGAAGGCUCGUAUCACCGCUGCUGGCGGCUUCGUCGACUUCGGUCGUGUCAAUGGCAACCUUGCCCUGUCCCGUGCUAUCGGUGACUUUGAAUUCAAGAAGAGCCCUGAGCUCUCCCCCGAACAGCAGAUCGUCACCGCAUACCCUGAUGUGACCGUUCACGAGUUGACGGAUGAUGAUGAGUUCCUGGUGAUUGCCUGUGAUGGUAUCUGGGACUGCCAAUCUUCCCAGGCCGUGGUUGAGUUUGUCCGCAGAGGUAUUGCUGCCAAGCAGCCCCUCGCCCAGAUCUCCGAGAACAUGAUGGACAACUGCCUUGCUUCCAACAGUGAAACCGGCGGUGUUGGAUGUGACAACAUGACCAUGACCGUCAUCGGACUCCUACAAGGCAAGACCAAGGAGGAGUGGUAUAACCAGAUUGCAGAGCGGGUUGCGAACGGGGAUGGACCUUGUGCUCCGCCCGAGUACGCCGAGUUCCGCGGCCCCGGGAUCCGGAACCAGUUCGAGGAUACCCCGGAUGAAUAUGACUUGGAGAUGGAGCGUUCCCGUGGUUUCAGUGUCCGUUCGGGCCGCAUCAUCCUCCUGGGUGAUGGCACUGAAGUUAUCACGGGUCAGAACGACGAUGAGCUUUUUGACCAGACGGAGGUGGACGAGGACGAGGACCUUACCAACCAGGUGCAGCACGAAUCGGGCACCCGGAAUGACCGCCAGGCCACCCCGGGUCCUCAGGGGAAACAGGAGAAUGGCAGCGGUUCUGCUCAAAUAUCCGAAUCCCCGGCCUCCACUGAUGCCGAGAAAGAGAAGUCCGCAUCGUAG